AAACCAAAUGUCGAUAAAAAUCAAAAUCUAGAGAAAAAGAUUGAAAUUAUCAUCUAUGAUGAUGAUGACGAUGAUGGGUAAAGGAAAAUCAAUUCUGACAUGUAUAGUCUUCUUCUUUCUUCUCUUCAUCUCUGUUUAUCUAUUCAUUGGUACAGUUGAUUUUAGAUCUUCAUUCUUCCCACUUCCAAAUUCCCUUUGUAACAACAACAACAUCAAAUCUUUAUCACCAAUUAGGGUACACAUGUAUGAAUUACCAAAUAGAUUUAAUUUUGCAAUGGUUAGUCAUAGUUUUUCAUCUAAUGAUAGCCAAAGUGUUGUUGUGAAUUCGUCAAAUUUACCAUCAUGGCCAAAUAAUUCUGGGUUAAAGAAACAACACAGUGUUGAGUAUUGGUUGAUGGCUUCGAUUCUGUAUGAUGGUGGGAGUUUAAAUGAUGGAAGAGAAGCUGUUAGGGUAUUUGAUCCAGAUACUGCCGAUGUUUUCUUUGUACCGUUUUUUUCAUCAUUGAGUUUUAAUAGUCAUGGGCAUAAUAUGACAGAUCCUGAAACAGAAGUUGAUAAGCAAUUACAGGUUGACUUAAUGGAGAUUUUAAGGAAGUCCGUCUUCUGGCAGAAGUCUGGAGGCAGAGACCACGUAAUUCCAAUGCAUCACCCGAAUUCUUUCAGAUUUUUGAGGGAGCAGGUGAACGCAUCUAUUCUUAUUGUUGCAGAUUUUGGACGCUACCCAAAAACCAUGUCACGCCUGAGUAAAGAUGUUGUGGCACCAUAUGUACAUGUGGUGGAGUCUUUUACAGAUGACAAUUCUUCAAACCCAUUUGAAUCUCGUACAACACUUCUUUUCUUCAGGGGUAGGACAUUCAGAAAAGAUGAAGGAAUUGUUCGUGCCAAGCUGGCCAAGAUAUUAGCUAAUGUCGAUGAUGUUCAUUACGAAAACAGCUUUGCAAAUGGAGACAGCAUAAAAGCGUCAUCACAAGGUAUGCGUUCGUCGAAGUUCUGUUUGAACCCUGCAGGGGACACACCUUCCUCCAACCGACUCUUUGAUGCCAUUGUGAGCCAUUGUGUUCCUGUAAUCGUAAGUGACAAGAUUGAGCUACCAUUUGAGGAUGAGCUUGAUUACACUCAAUUUUCACUCUUCUUCUCCGUAAAAGAGGCGUUGGAACCUGGUUACAUGGUUGGGCAGCUCCGUCAAGUCUCAAAAGAUAGAUGGGAAGAGAUGUGGAGGAAGCUUAAGAAUAUCUCUUGUCAUUACGAAUAUCAGUACCCGCCAAAGAAGGAAGAUGCUGUCAGCAUGUUGUGGAGACAGAUAAGGCAAAAGCUUCCCAGUGCCAAGCUCUCGGAGCAUCGGAGCCGGAGGUUGAAAAUCCCUGAUUGGUGGGGUUGAAAAUCCCUGAUUGGUGGGAUAGCCGAAGAAGGAGAUGACCAUUUUGAUUGCGAUUCUUGUGAAUUCUGUACAUUCACCAUCAUUCAGAUUCAUUUUACAAACAACCCUUUGAAGGGAUUACCAAAUUCAGAUUUCAGCCUACCUCAACCAUAGAUAUAUUCUCCAAAUUCGUGUAACAUAUAGUGCAAUUUUUCUGCAAAUUAUGUAUCAGAGCUUAUACUCGCAUGUAUUCGGCUUUACUUUGCUGGUGCGGAUCUAGUUUAUAUUAGAGGGUUGUUUUCUGAGAAUGUCUGAUUCUUUCCCAGAAAUUCUACUGUAGAUUGUAAUAGUACUCAUUUAGUCGUCAGAUCAUCUUUUUUGUUUCA